CGACGCGUUCGCGCUUUCUCUGUUCAUUGUCUUCUCCUUGUUACGCCUUGCCUCCCCUUUUUCCUUUACCUCGUACCCCCAGAAAAAUCAAUAACUAUAAAGCGUUUUUAUUAUACCCUCCCUCUCUCUUUGAAUCCCCUAAAAUGACAAAACGAAAAUACAGUGACGAUGAGGCCGUGUCUCUGGAACACUAUCGAAACCAUACCGAUCCACGAACAUGGAGCGUUCACAAAGCUUUACGAAUGCGUGCCAUGCACGGUCGACGUUAUAACGGGCAUCCCAUCAAUAUUCCAGGACGACAGUUACUCGAGCGAUUUACUUGUCAAGAUAAAGAUAUUUAUCGAUUCUACUAUCCCAAUGGACAGAAAUGCACUCCGUUUGUUUGUGCUUAUAGUCAUUAUCGACCCAUAUUAGCAGUGGGUGACGAAGAACGACGCGUAGCAUUAAUUCAAACCGCCAAGGAUAAUACAGUUGAAAGCGCACGUUUUCACAAGGCAUUUUAUACCCAUACUGAUGCUGUUCUCGAUGUCAAGUGGAGCAACGACGAUCAACUCCUUUUGACGGCUUCGGGAGAUGCAAUAAUACGGCUUUGGGACGUUGAACACCAAACAUGUGUGGCAACAUUAAAAGGACAUAAGCAUAGCAUACGAUCUGUCAAUUUCCAUCCAAGCAACCCACAUUUGAUGAUAUCAGCCAGUAAAGAUGGCGCGUUUUGUAUUUGGGACACGCGAUAUCGACUCUUACAACAAAAUGAUCCAGAUGUACAGGAUGGUAUAGGCGAGGAUGCACCCGUCUAUGGCCCGAUCAAAACAACACCUUAUGCACAUGACGAUCCCAAAUCGCAAAGAAAGGCAAGGUCAGGCAAAAUAGCAGCAACAGCAGCAGGAGGAUAUUCACGCGUGAUGCCAGACCGAUCUGUCACGUGUGCACUGUUUGUCCCACACCAUGAAACCAAGAUUGUAUCUUCUGGCAGUUAUGAUGGUAAAAUCAAGAUAUGGGAUUGUCGAGCAGGACGUGAUGCACACGCAAUUGACGAAUGGGGUGCGUAUGACGACUCGCUGGCACGAGUACGUGGCAUCACAGAUAUGAAAAUAGACAGCACUGGCACACGAUUAUACAGCUUGUCAGUGGAUCACAGGAUCAACAUGCAUUAUCUGAAUAAUUUGACACAACCAGCUCGACGCUUUGUCAACUCGAACCAAAAGCUACACACAUUCUAUGUCAAGAUGAGUCUUUCGGCAGACGAUCGCUAUCUCCUGUGUGGAUCAACCAACAAAUCGGUGUAUGCUUGGGAUGUGGAACGGCCGCAAUCGGGACCCGUGUUGUUUGAUGGUCAUGAAGGUGAAACAACGUCCAUGUCAUGGUGUAGUAACACCUCAGAGGUAAGCAAGAAUGAUGGGUUUUUGGGGAAACCGUAGGUCUGAGAAUUCACCCGCGUGUCUCUCUACAUGUAUGCGAUAGUUUGCAAGUUGCUCUGACGAC